UAAAGGAGCAUCGCGCCCAAAUAAGGUUAAACCAUGAGCUGGGCGGUGGAGGAGUGGAAGGAUGGACUUCCGGGGAAAGCCCUGCAGAAGAUCCAGGAGAUGGAAGUCCAGCUGGAUAAAAUGAAGAAGGAGAAGACACAAAAGCAGUUUCAGCUGGACUCCUUAGAAGCUGCAAUCCAAAAACAAAAGCAAAAGGUGGACAGUGAACGUCCAGAGAGGUCUGCUUUGAAGAGAGAAAACCAGUCUUUAGUAGAGUCAUGCGACUCUCUAGAGAAAGCUCGGCAAAAGGUUGUACAUGAUCUUGGAGUCAAAGAACAGCAGGUGAGCUACCUGGAAGGUCAGCUUAACUCCUGCAGAAAAACCAUUGAACGACUCGAACAGGAGCUCAAGAAGCACAAAAAUGAACUGGAUCGUUCCCAGCCUGCUGGCUCUUCCUCACUGUCAUCAUCCUCCUGUGAGCUGCAGACCUACGCCACUCCACAGAAGAGUUUUCAGACACCAGCAUCGAUCCCAGCCUACAGACAGCAUGGUAUUAAAAUGUGUUUUUAUCUGCAGGGAGUCUGCAAUUCAUUCUGUUCUUAUUUUUUUUUAAAUGUUUAUUUAUAAGAUUUUAAGUU